UGUAGUUGGCUAAGGAAAUUAGAGUUUUUGGUUGGUACAACUAGCAGGCUGUAAKAUCACGAAAUCUACCUCCAAUAAAUAAUGUUGAAGUUUAUUUGUGAAAUAUGUUAAACAAUCGAAUGGAUUUACAUGAUGGCAAAAUGUCGCAAGUUUGGAGAAAAUGACGAGGUGACUUGCUUAACAACAGUGGCUUGGACAUUUGUGAUAUGAUAAUCACAAAAGACAAGUGUGUAAAAUGGACUGAAGUAAUUAGUUAGUUGCUAACUUUUGACAUGUGCUACUAGCUGUACAUAUAAAAAAUAUAUGACCAAUAAGCACUUUAAGUUGUCUUUYCCUACAAAUCACCAAUCUACAUGAACAUCAUGUACUAAGAAAUAAGUUGUUACUGUUUGCAUGCUCUGUCGUCACUUUAAGGUKAAUUCACCUCCACAUACAUUUGUUUUGCUAACCACACAUAAACAGAGCUGAUCAUGUCACUAGUAGAGCAGUCCCAAAAGUGGUUCCCGACUCAUGUCCAAGCCACUGUUCUUCAAGCAACUGACCUACAAGCUAAGAGUAAGAAUGGCACCAACGAUGCCUACACUAUCAUUCAGCUGGGAAAGGAGAAGUACUCGACAUCUGUGGCAGAGAAAACACUCAGCCCAGUGUGGAGAGAAGAAGCCUCCUUUGAACUGCCAGGUCUGCUUCUGGAGGGCAACCCAGAAAUCUACGAACUAUGCCUCAUCGUGAUGCACAGGUCCCUGGUGGGGAUGGAUAAAUUCCUGGGCCAGAGUACCAUCAAUCUCAAUGAGAUUUUUGAUAACAAGGAGAGAAGGAAAACUGACUGGUACUCUUUGGACUCCAGGCCAGGGAAGAAGAGGAAGGAGAGAGGGAAGAUCCAGGUCAGCAUCCAGUUCAUGAGGAACAACAUGACGGCCAGCAUGUUCGACCUUUCCGUAAAGGACAAGCCCCGCUCGCCCUUCACUAAACUCAAGGACAAGCUGAAGGGUCGCAAGCACGAUGGUGGCUUCUCCGACACCUCCUCAGCCAUCCUGCCCCGCUCRGCAAUGUUUGACUCGGAGACCCUUCGCCAGCCCAGUGCUCCGGACCAUCAGCCCCAGCCAGAGCCCAAAAUCAAGAGACACUUACUGGCCGGCUCCCAUAAGCUCUCCGCUGCCCACUCCAUGUCCGACCUCAUUGGCACCCACUUCCGCCCCAAGCUGGACUCUAUGAACUCCAUCGAGGAGCUGGAGAAAGGGAGUGGUGCCGCCCCUCACAGGCGCUCCCAGAGUGAGGUGCGAGGCUACCAGAACACAGAGGAACACUGUGACCCUUUUACUGAUAUCAGCGAUGGCCUGCCGCAGAAGUACGCCACCCUUCCUCGCAACCGCAACCCAUUUGAGGUGGAGCAGGGCCAGCUGUGGGACCAAGGGGAGAAAAAGGAGAAGAAGGAGAAGGUCAGCCUACUUGAACGUGUGACCGGGAAGAAGGAGGGACGCAAGACRGACGGGGGGCGUUCGGGCAGCUCUGGAGACCUGCGCACGCCCAAUCCCUUCAACAGCAACUCUCAGGGCGACAUCCAACCAACCAACCCCUUCAGCUCACACUACAAAGCAAGUGAUAAAAAGCCCACCAGCAAUGAAGACAUCCGAAAGGCGAGAGAGAAACAUGGCAAGAAAAAUGAGACAAAGCAGCCGAGCGUGGCCUCCUAUAGCAACUUGUCUUUUGACGAGGUGGUGCGUGAGCUCAUCAAGCAGAAGGAGGUGGUGAAAAAGAAGGACGCGCAUAUCCGUGAGCUGGAAGACUACAUUGAUAACCUGCUGGUCCGCGUUAUGGAGGAUUCGCCGAGCAUCCUACGGACACCCUACGAGCCCAACAGGAAAGCGGGGAAAAUCUCAAAAAAGAAGUAGAGUCAAGGUAGAGAGAGGUCAAAAAUUAGAGGCUUGUAAACAGUAAUGUCUCGUCCUAGCCAUUUAAAAAAAAAUGUAUUGUGGGUAUGGAACAAAAAAUGAAGAGAAGGGGGAUUGACCAAUGCCAAAUCAGUAGUUUUUGAUUUCUUUACAGUAACUGCAUUGAUACAGCUUAUACCGAUUUAUAGGUUUUGUAUGCUGUGAUUUGAGUUUACACCAGUUUCCCCAGCAGAAUAUUAUCGUGGAGUGAAGUACAUCCGAUGACAUAAAUAUUUGACUUGCAUUAUAACUAACCCCAUGGCUGUUCCAUUAUGAUAGGUAGACUAACCUCUGAAUCAGUUGCUCUAUGUUGAUCCACUCAUCCAUUUUAAUUGUGUACCUCCUGCUCUGUUGUUUGCAUGGCAUUCCUUUUGUUUUUCAAAUUCUGGUGAAUUGAAAGAAUGGGAAAUUACAUAAUGUAUCUCAAAAAUUCAUCAGAAUACCUUAGCAGAAACCAGUGGGAUUCAAAUGAGCUAUCACUGUGUUGACUACGUUUUACCAUUUAUUAUGAGAUGAUGAAGAACAAACUAGUGGGGUUAUACCAUGCCUGACCGUUUCCCAAGMCCUUUAAUAGUGUAUCCAUGGCAUACACUAUUAAAGGCCUUGGGAAACGGUCAGGCAUGGUAUAGCCCCACUAGUGCACUUUCACACACGUAACAUGAAAAUCCCAGACAGCUUCUGGAGCGGUUGUUUGAACAUAGAACCACCAAGCUAGAUUUGCGUUUAAACACUAAGGCUAUCUAGAUUUAAUUAAAUAUUUAAAGGAUGCACCUCUUCACCUCUUACAAAUCAGUUGUACUGAAAAAUUGCACGAUUUAGAUUUMAAAAAUAAUGUCCUCGAGCUUCUAGUAAAGAGAGAAACAACUUCUCUGAUUAUGACUAAACUUAUGCCUCUUUUAGCCUCUCCAAGAGGCUAAAAUCUCUUGAUUAGGUUGCUUUARUUUACUGACUUUAUUGUCCCCAUGGAGAAGUUUUGUUGCAGUGUCAUGUACACGUUUAAAUACAAAACAAAUUGAC